AGCGGUGCAGACUUUGACUUGGGAUGAUGUGGAGCUGCUGCUCGAGGAAACACAGUGAGCAGCAGUCAUGUCUAGCUUUAUACUUGGUUUAGAUGUGGGCACCACCUCUGUAAAGGCGGUUUUAGUAGAAAGUGACUCCAGAUCUGUUGCUGCGACUCACAGUUUACCGACAGACUCUGACCUGAGCGACAGCAGCGGAGUGAAGGCCAAAGAGCAGGACACCGGGCGGAUCAUAGACUCGGUGAAUCGGUGCCUUGAUGCCCUGCCUGCGGACAAAUUGCAGCGGGUCAGCAGCAUCGGACUGACCGGACAGAUGCACGGAGUUGUGUUCUGGAAAGCAAAGAGCGGUUGCGAUUGGUCCAGCAGAGACUUUUUCACGGCCAGAAACACCAGUCAGCUGAUCACCUGGCAAGAUGGACGCUGCAGCAGCGACUUCUUGUCCUCUUUGCCAAAACCAGACUCGCAUCAAAGCGUGGCCACAGGGUUUGGCUGUGCAACAAUCUUCUGGUACAUGAAACACAGACCCGAGUUCCUUGAGGGCUUCACUGCUGCCGGGACCAUCCAGGACUAUGUGGUGUCCAUGCUGUGCGGUUUGGAUGGAUGUGUGAUGACGCCUCAGAACGCAGCCAGCUGGGGCUUCUUCAACACUUCAUCCAAUCGGUGGAAUGAAAACAUUCUGAAGGGUGCCAGCUUUCCUUUGCACCUGCUUCCUCGGUGUGUGUCGUCGGGCAGCUUGGCGGGACAGACGUGCUCGUCCUGGCAUGGUAUCCCUGCUGGUACACCAGUAGGCGCCGCCCUGGGGGACUUCCAGUGCUCUGUCUACUCCUGCAUGAGUGCACGGACAGAUGCAGUUCUUAACAUUAGCACUUCAGCUCAGGUGACCUUCACUAUGCCAGCUGACUUCAAACCUCCAGAUUCUCCUGAGCCCUCCUCCUCCAUCGCCUACUUCCCCUACUUUGACUCCUUGUACUUAGCUGUAGCAGCAUCACUCAAUGGAGGAAAUGUAUUGGCCACUUUUGUGGAGAUGCUGACUGCCUGGAUGAGAGAGCUUGGUGUAGAGCCGACUGACUCCUGCUUUUAUGAAAAGCUGAUAAAUUGCGCUCUGAACCAGGAAACCAGCGACCUGACGGUGAAUCCCACAAUCCUGGGAGAGAGGCACAACCCUCUGUGCCUGGGUCAGGUGACCAACAUCUCAGCCUCCAAUCUGUCUCUGGGUCAUGUGAUCCGGGCGCUGUGCCGUGGAAUCGUGAGCAACAUCACCUCCAUGAUGCCUGCAGAACGUCUCCAGCAGGCGGGGGUCCGCAGGAUCGUGGGCAGUGGGAGCGCUCUGGCUCGUAAUGAGGUGCUCCGACAGGAAGUGGAGAAGGCGUUUCCUCAGGAGUUGGUGUACGGACAGAACGCUGACUCGGCUGUUGGCGUUGCCAUGGUGCUCUGUGACCGACUUUGAUUGAGGGUCCUAAUCCACAGAGCAAUCUCUGUUUACAUGAUUACUUCAAAAACUUGCACACUUUUUAAUGCCUUUAUUGAAUGAUAUUGCUUUGUUUAAAAAAAUAAAACAACAAUCAGGCAAACUAAAAUGCUACUAUUGUUUGCCAAGACAGGGAUCAAAUGGAUUUAAAAUUCCAGGACCAAAAAGAUUGAAGCUGCUAAGUGAUUUACAUACUGACUCAAAUUAGCUGCUGAGUGCAACAAAUCCCCCUUAAACAUUUCACUGUGACUGAACAGCUAUUACUGAGCAUUUCUGUCUGUGCCAUCCGGGUUCGGUAGUGUAUUUUACAGUGAAGUGUUACAGCGUAAAAUAUUUCCAGUCUUCAGAAUCAACGUGUUAGAGUCUUUUCCUAGAUCUGGCAUGUUCCAAAGAUACUUAGAAUUCAUCAGAAACAGUCAGAACAAUGCUGAGUGCAACAACAAAUAUGCUAUAAAAGCCUUUAAAAGCCCCUCGCUCUACUUUACUGGAGCUCUACAGCUGUUUGAUGCUGCACGGAUAGAAGAUGAAAUUAGUUUAUUCCCUCAUUCCCUGCAGGUUUCUAAAAGGAAUGACAUAAAAUCACAGAGUGGUAGAAAUCACAGCUUAGUAAAAUCACUGUGUUUGGUUUGUGAACAACUUGCAACUACUAAAAUAUUAACAUUCAGUCAGAAACAUUCAUGGUUUUAUUAUUUUCUGGUUCACGGUUCCUCAGGUUCCUUUUUGGUUCUCUCUGGGGAAAUGUUUACUGUUUAACUCUGAUCAGAAGGAGAUGCACCCAUAGAUUUCUGGAGUCAUCAGGGUGUGAGUGAGCUUUUUGUGUCUGAUGGAUUCAUUGCUCUGGUUUGUAUUACGGAAGGAAGUUUAAUUUGCUUUGUGCUCCAUUUAGCCUAAUUUCUGUGAGCUUGGAUAGCUGGCAUCAUGUAGCUGGCUCUCAGCCUUAACUCUUGUUUUUCAGUCCAGCUCUGAGCAUAAAAGAGGCAGAGUUCUUUCAUCAUCAGAACCAUGACCCAAUAACAUGAGAGCAGAUAAAAACAGCCACUUACUGUGCAAUACGACUGAAAUGUCCAAUAAUUUAAAGUGAUACUGCCUGACAGUAAUCAGAUUAUUUCUAAGUUAAACAGUUGGGUAUUUGUUCUUCUGUGAAUUUUUUUUAAAUAAAUAAAAGUUUAUACUGACUGUAUUAAGAAUACAGGCUCCACGUUUAGCAAGAACUCAGUGCAGCCAAAGUCAUCAUCAUCACAGUCCCACCUUUGUGCUUCACUAUUGGGACGAUUCAUUCACUGUGGUCCAGACCAGGUACACUCCAAAGAAACUGGAAAACUUCUGAGCCGAUUGAAAUUUUAGGUUGGAGUCAUCUGAACGAAGAAUAUGCUCUCAAAAUGCAUUAGAUGCUUUUCAGGUUUUUAGCUUGCAUUUUUGUGCUGAAGAGCAAUCAGUGGACACUGCCCAUAGAGGUUGAUUGACUGAGCUGUCACAGAAACUCUGAUUUUCACUGAUAACUCCUGUGCCAACUCUGAAGCACAGAGCCUGUCUGUCUUUCAGAUCUAGAUUCUCUAGCGCACUAAAAGCAAGUCAUGUCCUGUGUGUGUCAUUUUAGGAGGACAACCACUGCAGCUCUGAUUAGUAGUACUGUGGCUCAUUGUUUACCUCCUGAUUGCUGCCUAAGCUGUUUAUUACUUGGUGACUGAUCUUCCUGUAUCUUUUUCUGUCUUUGUUAAAUUUCAGAAUCAGAUUUUAAAGUUUUUCUGGUAGUUCUUUUCCACGUGGAGCCAUGAUGUGGACAUGCAGGUUGACACAGCUUACAGGUUCAACACUGAGAAAGUUCUGAUGUUCACAGCUCAUUUUAUACCCAUGUUCAUGCCGUUAGGCUAACUGGAAAUCACAGGUCUACUAAGUUUAGUUUCAAGUGAUCACAGGUUUUGUAACUUAUCUGUCAGUAAUCAUAAGUGUAUUCCGUUGCGUUGCAUGAUGUUUCUACUCUGUAUUUUUAAUAUAGUCUCUCUGGUUUAUUUGUUUUUGAUUGUUCAGUUAGAGGAAAUGGUCUACUGUUCACCUUAGAAAUGAUGCAUUGUUGAGCAGGAAUGCAUUUUAGAAGCAGCUGACGUUUAAGUUGUAUUUCACACUGGGUGUACUCACUUUUGUUUUAUACUGUUAUCUGCUGUUAGUGUUUUUACGACCCAAGCAGACAAGAGAAGUACUGAUGGUCCAAAAAAGAAAAGAAUAAGAAAAUAAUUGGUGUACCUGGACAAAAUGUUGCUUUUAUACUUUACUCAGCUGAUUAAUGAUAAGGGGUUGUUUCCCCUAAGACUCCAAAAAGAGCUGCAGCUCUUCAGAAAGGGUUAAAAACUAUACAGCGGCUCAAACCUAAAUACACUGAUAGGAAACCUGUGGCUUUAAUACCGCAGACUUUUAAUAUUCAUACUGUGAUUUGUCAUGAAAAGUGAAAUGAUUGUACUGAUCUGUAAAAAUGUCUCUGCUGCUCUGUAUAGUUUGAUUGUAAACACACUACUUCUGUGUAGUCAUGACUGACUUCUCCAUCAGACUGUUUACUGUGAAGCUCAGGUUGCCAUGGUGAUCUUAAAGUGACCCAGCAUCAUGAUACCAGAAACCCAGGAUAUCUGGCUAACCUGCAAAUGCUGUGAGAUGCAGGCUCCAGCACAUUUAUCUGGUUUUGACCAACACACAGCACCACCUUUCCUUCCAUUUUACCCAUGCACUGACAGAUUGCUUGUUCAAAAGCUGCACAGUCGUGUUUGAUUGAAAAUGCUUCAUUUGCUGUCUUUACUCGCUUCAUCCAAGCUGAUGCUUAGAUUUGAAGUUUUUCUGAAUUUUACCCCACCACUGCUCUUUAUUUGCUUUCUGUGGAAUUAUUGCUUGUCAAAUGGUGGAUAAAUGGACUCGGCUUAUGUCAUUUGUUUCAUAUUAUUACAUUAAUUUUAUAAUUAAGUAGCAAAUAAAGACACUAAAAGUCAUCAGAGAGAAAACAAUUUUGUUCUGAAGCAUCCGGGUGGGCCGGUUAAUACAGUUGAUGUCUUCAUAAUUUGUCAUAAUAAUGUGUGUAAACGUUGAUUUUUACAAGGAAAUACUGAUCUUAUCAUAUCCAGUGAUCCAUUGAACUGGAGCAACAUGAAGGUCUGUGGGUCAGUAGUUUUCACAUGAAGGGAUGUUGUCAAAUAAAUCAGUAUUUAUGAUUCAAA